AAGCGCGGGUCGGCGAAUGACGUAUGGAGUGGGGAGAGCCAUACGUGGAAGUGGGUGUGCCUGCUAGUCACUACUGAGUUGAGUGUUCACCGUUGGACUGACAGAUAGAAGUUAAAAUUUGGAGCCAAAAUGUCUCAGCAACAAUACUAUCCUUUCAAGUGCACACCAACGGUGUACCCUGCAGAGCCCUUCGAUGCUAUUGCAGAUGCAGCUAUAUUGCGAAAGGCUAUGAAAGGCUUUGGCACCGAUGAAAAAGCUAUAAUUGAUGUUCUGACGAAACGUGGUAUUGUUCAGCGACUUGAAAUUGCUGAAGCUUUUAAGACCCAGUAUGGCAAGGAUUUAGUGAGUGAUUUGAAGAGUGAACUAACUGGAAAGUUAGAAGACGUUAUAGUUGCUCUGAUGACCCCACUACCCCAUUACUACGCCAAAGAACUUCAUGACGCUAUUGCUGGACUUGGCACAGAUGAGGAGGCAAUUAUUGAGAUCCUCUGUACGCUGAGCAAUUACGGAAUCAGGACCAUCGCCGCAUUCUAUGAGAACUUGUACGGCCAUACCUUAGAAAGUGAUUUGAAAGGCGAUACUUCUGGACAUUUCAAGAGACUGCUGGUUUCACUGUGUCAGGCAAACCGUGAUGAAAACCAGGAAGUCGAUGUAAGACAAGCUGUAGCUGAUGCCAAGGCUCUUUAUGAAUCUGCAGGUGAAAAGCUAUGGGGAACCGAUGAGUCACAAUUCAAUGCUAUAUUGGUAAGUCGUAGUUACCAACAGCUACGACAAACAUUUAUGGAGUAUGAAAAAUUGUCUGGACAUGACAUCGAAGUAUCUAUCAAAAAGGAAUUCUCUGGAAGUAUUGAAAAAGGGCUUCUGGGCAUUGUGAAAUGUGUUAAGUCAAAGGUGGGAUUCUUUGCUGAACGCUUGUAUGCUAGUAUGCAUGGAAUUGGAACCAAGGAUCGCACUCUAAUUCGAAUAAUCGUAUCCCGCAGUGAGAUCGAUCUUGCAGAUAUCAAGAAAGCAUUUGAAGACCGUUUCGGAAAAUCACUGGAAAGUUGGAUUACUGGUGAUACAUCUGGCGAUUACAAGAAGGCUCUACUCUCUCUAGUUUCCACAUAAAUAUGUGGAAAUGAUAUUACAGAUGAUGUCUAGCUUUUCAUGUCCACUAUCAUUCAGCACAACCAGUCUGAAUCUAUCGCUUUGAUAAUAACAUUGAAUUCCAUCCGAUAACAUAAACAAUUCUAAACUAAACUGCCAAAUUGAAAGUUCUUAGAACGGGCUGGUUAAGCACAGCUUAGUAGUUUGCGAAAAGAAGCAAUUUUUACAAUUUUCUAUGUCGCAAGUUAUUUUGACAGUACAUUUCGAUGCGUCAACAGCUCAAACAAAAAAACAAUUAGAAAACGUACGGCUUUGAUGUUGCACAAAUAUGCUGCAAACAAAAAACUAUAUUAACUAUAGAAUCUCAUAGAGAUUAAAUUUUUAUCAGAUUGCAAAGAUGAUAUAAUAAUAAUGAUGAAAUAAAAAAUUAUUCCAGAGGUGCACGGUGCAAAUUUCUCAAUCCACUGCAGUAUGCAAUCAUUGUUGAUCUAUCUCUUCUAUAAUAUGUCAAUUCGGGGAACGAAAUUGUUGCUUCUUUUUAGAAGGGUGCGGGCCUAGUUCUUAAAGCGAUUAACUACACACGAAAAUUAUUUUUAUACAAUCAUGUUCUGUAAUUGAAAUAAUCUUUUUUGAUGAGUUUAUAGACGUUAAGUUUGAAGCUAUCAGACCAUCUAUUGUUUAGGUUUAUUGAGAAUUUUUACCGGCUUUUAUAUUCCGAAUAUCUAAAAAGUGAAUGUCGUUAGAUCAGAGUAACAACCACAUAUUACCAUUAAAAUUGAAAUAAUUAUUUUAUUAUUUUUAUUUUUCGCAAGAAUCUGAUGGAGGAAAAUUUCAACGUUUUUACAUUCCUUAUUUUCUUGACCCAGUUUAACUCAGGAUCGGUUUGAAUCUCAAAAUUCUAGAAACACAUUAGAAUUGUUUACUCUGAUCGCAAACCUUUUAUUUGUUUAUACAUACAAAUUUGUCCAUACUAUUAAUAUUCCAGAUAUCUGUGAAUACAUUUCAUCGAAAUUCAAAUCCCCAUGCAGGUACGGGAAUUCUGAAUUAAAGGAUGACUCCCAUCUACUAUAGUAUGAAUAUUCUCUACUACGAAUAAUGAUCUGUAUAUAUUCUAUUCAAUUUAUUUUUUUUUACAUAUUAGCCAUCAUGGUGUUGUCCCUUUUUUAACGAAACUAUUUACACUAUUUAUAUUACACAUAGAUUGAUAUUAUAUUUUGCAACAACAAGGCAAAUUCCCCUUCGUUGCUUCUGACAUUAUUUUAUUUAAAUUUUAAUUCUGAGAGCAUGUUACUGUAUCAAUGUACAAUCUUUGGAUGCUAAUAAAAAAAAAAAAAGUA